GAUCGGCCAGCUUGGUGACCUACUUGCCCUUUCUGACAGCGCUUGGAGACGCGGCCGAGUGGUCAUUGCUUAGUUGUGCACACCUCUUUCAGUAAACAAGGGAUCGAUCCGGCGAUUACAGAAACACAUCCUGGUUUCAAAAAUUCUCCGAGCGGCCCAUUGGUCUUCAGUGUGAUGUGAGUACCCUCUGCGGCUCAAAGUUGGGCUUUGUAUAAAGCACACGGCCUUGACCUUGGUCCGAACUUCAGAAUCCCAAAGGUCAAGGUACGAAAAUAAGUUCGUUUUUCAUAUUGUCAGGAUAUUUCCUACCUCUCGUUCCUACUCUAUCACUCUCGUUGACCGACUCCUACUCUACCAUAAUCAUAAUACAUCUCUCGGUCGCUUCUGUCUACCAGUUUUUGUAUUCCCUUUAGUCAACAUAUCAACUGUUGUCUCUCCUCUACUAUCUCAUACUCCACAAUCAACAUGCCUAAGAUUGAGAAGGCCCCGAUCGCACACCGCAGCUCCAUCUCUACUGCAUCAGCAGCAGGUGGAAGCACACGAAGCUCAUCAUGGUCUGCGCAAGACGACGAGGCCCUUAUCCAGGCCAGGACCCAAGGCCUCAACUGGAACCAGAUCGCUCCAAAGCACUUCCCAAACAAGUCGCCAAAUGCUUGCCGCAAACGUCACGAGCGGUUGAUGGAAAGAAUGAACGCUGAGCAAUGGGAUGGUGUCAAGCUAGACGUUCUAGCACAGGCAUACAUGGAGGUUCGACGAGAGAUGUGGAGCCUCCUUGCUGCUCGGGUCGGCGAAAAGUGGCAGUUGGUCGAGACCAAGUGCAUGGAGAAGGGCAUCAAGAACCUAUCGCAGGCUGCUAGGUCAGCAAUGAAGAAGCAGGGCUUUCAGGGUACUUACCACGACCACGAGGACAGCGCGAUAGGCGUUUCUGACUUCGAUGAAGAAUCAGACGACCACCACACAGAGAUGGCAAUGCCGGUUGCCGCGGCAUCUCACUACCAGACCACACAACUUCAGUACCCGGGCAGCUACCCAUCUCAGCAGCAGCGGGUACCAAGCAUUCAGUCCAUGCUGCACCAGCAUCCGAUACAGUAUGCUCCUCACCAGCUGGUACACCCGCACCCCCACGCGCAUGUGCAACAGCAGUGAGCGUUCAUUUCUCUUUUUCACAAGAAUUUCCUAUUUCGGCAAUUGAACCCCACGAUCGUUACGACUCCCAAGCAUCGCACUUCUUCACGACAUUACUCGGCGUUUUCUCCGUUCGGCGUUUUGACGAUCUUCAAUUUCUCAUUUCUCUCUCUCUUUCUUCUUCGACGUACGCUGCACUUUUGUUCACUUCUUAGUAGUCAGGCAUUUGCAUGGCUUAUGUGCACUGGCAAUGGGUUUCUCAAGAUAUGACAUUGAGAUAUAGUCAGAAUGGACUAAGCACGACGCUCAGUCUGCGCUCACUGGGCGCCUGAGCACAUGUAGCUGUUGAUUUCGGGUCUUUUUUGUUUCUCUGCAUCUUCUGUUCAUUGCUGUUGGCAUUUUAUUUCAUCCUCGCAGGAGGCACUUUCUAGAUCUCUGUACCUAUUUCACUUCUC